AUGAGGGCGAUUUCUUUCAAGGCGAGGAGUCUUGUACACCACGGCCAAAGGUGCGCCUUCUCUUCCUCGCCCCGGCGACUGGACAGCUAUGGCUUCAUCGGCCUGGGUCAAAUGGGCUACCAAAUGGCCAAGAACCUGCAAGCCAAACUCCCACCGGACGACACGAUUCGAUUGUUCGACCUCAACAAGAACGCCGUCCAGGAAUUGGCACAGGAGAUGAAGACUUCUCAAGCAGGCGGAGCCAUUGUCGAGAUAGCAGAGAGCGUCAAAGAUGCUGCCAAAGACUCGGAUACCAUAAUUACCUGCUUGCCGGAACCAUCUCAUGUCAAAGGUGUCUUUGCCGACAUUCUGACACCAGAUUUGCCCAAAAAGAACAACAGGAUAUUCAUCGAUAGUUCUACAAUCGAUCCCUCUACCUCGCGCGAAGUAGCAAAACAGGUUGCUGCCGCUGGUCAGGGCCAAUUCGUAGAUGCGCCCAUGUCGGGAGGUGUCGUGGGCGCUCGCGCGGGCACACUGACAUUUAUGCUGGGGGCGCCAGAUGCUCUCGUGCCAAAGAUUGAGGCGAUACUGCUGCGGAUGGGGAAAGCCGUGCACCACUGCGGAAUACAAGGCACUGGAUUGAGCGCCAAGCUGGCCAACAAUUACUUGCUAGCCAUCAAUAACAUUGCAACAGCAGAGGCCAUGAAUUUGGGCAUUAGAUGGGGCUUGAAGCCCAAGACGCUGGCAAAUAUCAUCAACGUCAGCACGGGGCGGUGUUGGCCCAGCGAAGUCAACAAUCCAGUGAAAGGCGUCAUCGAGACAGCACCAGCCAACCGCGAUUACUCGGGUGGCUUUGGUAUUGGUUUGAUGAAGAAGGAUCUUAAACUCGCCAUUGUCGCGGCCAAUGAGGCCGAUGCCAAGCUCGAACUCGGCGGUCGUGCACGAGAAGUCUACGAGGAGGCCGAAAAAGCUGAUAAUUGCAAGGGGAAAGAUUUCUCAGUCAUAUAUAGGUUUAUUGGCGGAAAGGAAUAG